AACUCACAGCUAUUUCGUGGCCCGGCAGUAACAACGUACCGGACCGCGGACCGGGGGUUGGGAACCCCUGCUACAGGAAAGGGAAAACCACAAAAAGCAUAAAAGGGCCUCUUACACCAUAUAGAUAAAAUCCUCUACUGAAGGUGCAGUUGAAACAGGUGGGUUUUCAGUCAGUUCUGGAUUUUGUUGUAUUAACAUGACCCCUCCCUGUUCAGGUUACUCCCGUGCUGAGGCGCUGUGCAAAGAGUACCGUCAGACCAAAGGGCCGGGCUCCACGGCCAAACCAUCAGAGCAGCUGUUCUUCCUCAAACUGGGCGGCCUCAUCAAAAACACUCUGGAGAAGUGCCAGAGAGAAAAUGGCUUCAUAUACUUCCACAAGGUCCCGGCCGAGGCCCCCGACCUGGAGUUGAAGGCCAGUUACGGCCUGGCUGAGCCAAUCGCCUUCGAGCUGCCGCCUCUCAGUGAGCAGUGCACUCCUGAAGUCUACGCCACCUUCGACCUGACUAAGGGAGCCAAAAAUGACAAGGCAAAACCCAAGGAGGCGGAGGUGAAGCCGGUGAAGGAGCCGGACCUGAAGCCUCAGAAGGACACCGGAUGCGUCAUCUCAUAAACUUUCCACACUUUCUAUUUUCAGCCUCAUGCUUUAAUACCAUCUAUUGUAAUGAUGGCAUCCAUAUUUCUAACCUCCAUAGGAAAAAUGUAUUUUUUUGUUCUAGAAAUCCAUGGUAGUUUACAUAGGCUAAAACAUCUGUAUUAUAUUUGACAGCCCAUUAUCCUUGCGUCUAAGCCAGAGACAUCCAUCAAGUAACAUUUUAAAUCAAUAUUUCACGUUAUUAGUAGCAAUUACAUGUUCUAGUAAAACAAUAGGCCUUAUAAUUUAUAGCAGUCCUAUAAAUGGUGCCUUUGGCUGUGGGUCAAUUUCAACCUCUUUAUAAAAGUGUCUUUAUUUUUAAAGGGGCCCUACACACACACACACACACACCCCCCCCCUGCCUGAAACGCCUUCAUUGGACUCCUUUGUCUACUUCCGUAACAUAAUGAAAUCACUACGUAACACUCGCUGUUCUGUGAUAGGCUAAGGUGCUGUAGCACAGGCAGUAUGAAAGAAAAUAGCUUUUUGAACAUUAAAUAAUGGAAACAUCUCACAGGAGAGGCAAAUACAAAUAUGAAAAAAGAAUUGCAUAGUACCAUGCACAUUUUUUGCCCUUGUUUGCUCUGGCCUGAUUAUAGGAAAUAAAGACAAAAGGAAAAAGAUUUAAACUAAAUAUACAGUACUGGCAUCUACAAAUAUAUGUUGUAAAGUUCUCACUACAGAAUAUGAUGCAGCCAGCUGGAUGUUGGAAAUGUCAUUCCCACAAUCAGAAAACUCACUUAUAACAGAAUUGAAACGGGGUCAGACAAUAUGAACAAACCUGCAUUACUGAUUUUUUUUUUGCUGUUUACAAUCAAUACUUUUAGACCACAUGACGUAUGUACUGUAGUUCUUUUUGUACAUGAUAACUGUUUUUUUGUACUUCUAUUCAUUUAGAAAAUUACUCAAUGAGGCUGGAUGAUUACUUCACAUGCUUAGGGAUAUACAUCCUGAUAAUAGUAGUUCUUAAUUUAUUUCCGUUCUUAUGUAAUGAUAUUUUAGCUGAAAACACGUAUACAAUCACAUGUAGCUCAAAUCAUAUGUUUUGGUGAUUUCUAUGUUUCAGUGGGUGCUCCGGAUGAAACAUACCGUGACAUAAAAGCUGUUGUCAAUCGUUGACACAUGUAUUUAUGUUCUGUACAUUUAUUGAGUAUUUCCCCCUUCCUUAAAGAAAGUGAUGGGAGCGUGAGCAUGACCACACACACACACGAACAUCAGUGUCUAACGUUUGCUCCAACUUGUCCAAAGUCUCCCAUGGUUAAGGCAUAACUAUUAAUCGCUGAAUAAACUGUAUCAUACUGCCCACAUGUAUGCCCCUAGAAAAGGAGACAAGUACACUGAUCCAUAUUUAUAUAUUAUACGUGGAGCAGCACAGAAAUCAGACCAGUGCAAAUUCUUUUCCAGGCAACUGUGUAUUAAAGGGUGUUGGGAAUACCAUUACAAUGUACGCUUCUUCUCAUUCAUGUAAAAUGUAUUUCUGACAGUAUUACAUCAUCCAUAACACUCCUCAUGCUUAUACUCUACAUGUACACGAUUCAUCCUAGCUAUUAAAAGGAGAAAGGACCCA